CAAUAUCCUCCAUCUACGACAAAAUUGUUGAGCGAAAUGGUGUCCUCGUUCCACCGUCAUUUUUCCUAGGGUAAGCCAGAUCUGACCCCCAAUAUACGUUUGUAUGGCGUAAGCACGUUCGGCACGAGAAUAUUACAAUGUUAUCGAGGUAGUAACGCUGAAAUUGUGUAGUAUUUUAUAGACGAUAAAGAGUGCGUAAUCGUAAAAUGCCAAGCUACACGAAAUACAGCUUCAAUCUUACAUCAUAUCCACACGGUAGCCUUUAUUUACAGACAAAAAGUGUAUAGCAAGGCGAUUAAUGAGAAUCUACAAGUGUUUCGAACGUAAUAGGCUUUUUUUCUCCAAGAUGAUCAAUGAGAAUACGGAACAUCGUGGCUGGAAUAUCGGGAAUAUUGGAUUCCCCGGCGCGAGGAUUAUAAGGGAGGUAGUCGUAAGGGUUGAAGUAACCAUAAGGUAUAUUCUCUGUAUCAGAGCCGCCGCUAGUAUUUGCGGAACCCAGGGUAAGAUCACCAUUUUCGACGUUUUAAUUUUAUCUGAUUGAUUUUGAUUAUAUUACAAGAAGCAUAUGUUUGCUUCUUGUAUCAACACGAAUUCAACGGAAAGUUUAGCAUGGAUCCGUAUAUGAUUCAUUCGUGCAAAUUUUUUAAUUUCACAAUCUGUCAUUUUGAUAAUCUUUUAAUUUAUAAACUUUAGAAUCUGCGAUUUUGAAAAUUUGUAAAGUUAGGAAUUUAUGAUAUUGAAGAUUGUUUAAUUUUCCCGAUGCGAUGGUAAUGGCGGUACUGCUCCCUAUAGUGUGUGCUCCGUACGUUCCCUUCGACUAACCCUUCUGAUAUUUCUUGUCUGCGCUCUGGAACGAUGUUAUUUUCUGGAAAUUGUCUGGUAAAUGGAAGUCUCGGGAUAGUUGCGUUCCAGAGAGCAGAAGCUAGAACAGAGUUACCGAAACGCUCAACAAGACCGUGAACGCCUGUAGACUCUAUCGGUCGAUGGAAUCAAUUUGCAUAAUAUGUACAUGCGAAAGUGUAUAUUCCACAAUGCUCUCCGAUACUGCUGUUACUUUUGCUUGAUCAUAUUCGAGAUUGGUGGGGGGUUGUCACGCGUUUAUAUGCGAUGUGAUUAAAAUUCUCGAUAGGAUUGUGGUGAUACGAAGUAAAUGUAGUUCUUUAAUGACAAGUAUAUCGCAUUUUCAACAGCCGGGUUUCGAUAGAAUCGCAAUAUUGAUAGGCGAAGAUUUCAUUAUUCGAUCGUUCAUCAGACAUACACUCUGCUUAUCAAUUUUUCGUGGAAUUGAAUUAUGUUCGCUUUAUUACAAUUUAUUUGUUUAUUUUAAAUACAAACAAAUGAUCGAACUGAUAAUACACAAAUUAAAUCCUUUGAUAUAUCUCUUGUAUUUCUACAAAGAUAUUUAAUAACAAUAAUUUUGUUUAUUAUUUUAUAUUUCGCUGAUUUUACUCAUUAUUUUACAAAGGGAAAAGUUUUAACUCUCUGUUGCGUAAUAAACUAAGACGAAAUUGAAACCGAUAAAGCAUUGUUUCCUUGUUCUUAUCGUUCUUACUGUGUAAUUAGGUAUUCUCGACAUUUGCAAAUAUUUCGUUUCAAGGAAACAUUCCUUGAUAAUCAGAUUACAAAUGUAUUGUACGAGUAAUACAAUUAUUACUAUCUCAUUUUCAAAAGAACAAUGUAAAGUUUAAUAAUAUGGUCCAUAAAUAAGGAACAUAAAUAUUUUUAUUCAUAACGAUAGAUUUUAUAAUAAUAUCUAUUUUACAUCAUUUUGUUCAUCCAUAGAAAUACGGUGUGCGCAUGCGCAGUUCGUAGAUGGAGGAGUCUAUUCAAAACUAUCAUUUUAUCAAUAUUUCAAAAAUUGUAUCCUAAACAUGAUUGUAUCCUAAAUCCCACUUCUAUUUACACAUUAAAAAGCUUUCUGAUCUAUAUAAAUUAUGAUAAAUAAUUAUACAGAAAUACAAUUUCUCGAUACACCAGCGACUAAAAUGUAUUUCGUAAGAUUUUCGAAAUUGUUGUUCACGUGCUAUUUAUAUUGGAAUUUCUUUUCGCACAAUCGAUACGGGAAAUUAAAAUGGUUACUCUCGUUUGGGUGGCAACUUUCAGAAGUUGAAAAAAUAGUAUUUUUUAGGUAAACACGAAUCCCGGUGCAUCGUCCCUGCAAGGUAAUUUGCAAUCGAGCGAGGGCGCGAGUUUCGUUCGCGGUCGGCCGGGCGUCGUGGUUGGUUCGGCCGCGGAGUCCGAACGUGACCGAUCGUGCGCGGAGACGGCCGAACGCGCGAAGCGCCAGCGCCGAGCCUGAACGGAGCGCUCCGGUCAAAAUAUAUUCAGUAUAUUCUAAACAAGCGCGCGACGUGCUGUCACGUUUAGUGUGUGCGCGCGCGCGAACCCGUGUCUCGCCGGACGGACGGUUCAAAUUCUCAACGGUGACUUUGAAUCAGUGUUACGUUUAUUCGAAGCCAGUGAAUCAGUUCUAAGCUCGUCCGUGAACCGACGACGAGUCUCGCGUGUUAAUCCGUGACGAGAAACAGCGCGGCAGAAGAUACGAUACGAGAGAAGAGAGACUGGCAACUGUGAGUUCGGUAUUAUACGCGCUCGCGAUCCGUUCGUCACUUUCAUUCUCUCUCUUUUCGUUCUCUAUCCGUUUACUUCUGUCUCGUUCUCCCCUUUUCCUUUUUCUUCGUUCGUCUUUCGUACAGCUCCCUCCGGUCGUUUUCUCUCUCUCGUUCCUUCUCUUUCUUCUUCGCUUCGACGUCGUCUCGUGGGGUCAGUGCCUGCUCGAUCGGAUCCUGAGCAGGAACACACCGGAGGAGGAGGACGAUCUCCCUCGUUACGAGACUUCGAACCAUACACGCGCGCUACACGCACUCCGACACGAAACGGAAAAAGUAAAAAAAAACUGUUUUCUUCUCGCGAAGAGAUUUUCUCGUUGACCCGGUGAAAACUGUACGAGUGAGAUUCGGAGAGAAUAAAUCGCGGACCAUGGUGAGGACCCGUCGACGACGUGUCAUCGACGGCCAGUGAAGCGAAUCGUCGCCGAAGCAACGAAACGUUUUCGUACAUACCUCGGCAAGAAGCUACGAUAUGUAUUUCUCGUGUGCGGUGAUCGACGUGUGAGACUCUCGUAUCUCGUAUACACUCUCCCAAGUGCAGGAAACUCGUGCUCCUUAUCUCCGGCUACUUUUCUCGCGUUUCGUUUUUCUAUUCCUUUCCUUUCCCUCUUUCUCGCUUGUUCUUUCCGUCUCUCGUUCUCGCGUUCGCUGUCUCUCUCUCGACCCUCGCCACCUCUCUUGUCGCGUUUGCUGUUGCCGCGCUUCGCGACGACUAUUUUUUACCGACCGAAAAAAAAGGACCACGCGAGUGUGAUUACGGAGCAAAGAGAGAACACUGCUCGUGGAAGGGGAUCGACGAUUUGAAGUCUGUGUUUUUGUUUACUUAGAGGCGGACUGCCCACGCGACUCGGAAGGUCGAAGAAGAGGUGAAAAAACAUCCCGUUCGAAGAGUACGUCGGUUGUUGACGUUUUUUCGCGAGCGAUCGUCAAACCGUUCAGAACACACCAUGGCCUUCGAUUCCACGGAAAGGAAAACUGUACCCGUAGUCUGAGCAAUUUUUCCUUCGAGAAGGAUAUUAGUUCUUCGAACUCUUGGCUCGUUCUUAAAGUUUUUUUGAGUGGCGAAUAAAGAACAAGAAGACCGAAGGACGACGAGUGAAGGGAAGAAAACGGGAGCGAAGGGUUUUGCCAAUUACUGCAGCUCUGGAAUAAGAAUGGACCAUGAAGGAGCGCAGAGCGAGCUGGUAGUAGACGAGCGGUCGUCCUCUCGGCUGGUGCCUCGACGAUCAUCGACAGGAUCCUGCAACGUUCAAUCAUUCACCCUGCAGGUGUUGCGCACGGCAGGUACGGGGUCGACAGGUGCAAUAAUCGGGGGUGACCCGGUUGUUGCCGCCGGGGCGGCGAUGCGACGAUGAGCUCGCCGAGGAUACUGCUAUCCCUCUACACCCGACCAGAGCCCCGAGUAGUAGCAAGGCCGGGUCGCCUCGCAAGCUGUCACAAGGUCGUGUACAGAGGAGCGGAAGCCGGUUCAAGGCCGAAAUUAGUUGCUUGGCCAUGGACCUCGAGGCGAGGAAUGGGACUGGUGGCAACGACGAGGAAUACACGAAUAUUUACUUCAUCGUUGGCGGUCGCAGGGAUACGGUCACAUACAAAGCGGAUCAAGUCACGGACAUGGAGCUUAAGGAACUCUUUAGAAAUGCUGCAGAGGCUGGACCUCUGGACAUCGUGAAGCUUCGCGAAGGAGAUAAACUGCUCAACAUUUCGACCAGUUUGCCGGCGAACACACCAGACUCACCCUAUGUUCUUCAGAUUGUCGGAGCGCAUCCGGCCUCGUCGGGAGUGAUCGAGGCGGAAGUGCUGUGGGCUCUCGAGAGACGCGUGGCGGCCUUGGAAAGGCAACUUCGGGAGCAUCAAGAAGCUCUAUACGCGUCACCAUCGUUCGCUCUUCGUGAACUGAAGCGGCAAGUGGACAGUUUCAAGAACAAGUUGGAGCACAACGAUCAGCUUAGUUGGUUGAGUUUCUACAAACAGCUUCCGGAGCCGAUCUACGCGGAUUCCUGUCGCAGAUUGCAGUAUCGUCGGAAAAGCGACAGCAUGAAGCGGAAAGUGCGGGAAAAGUUCCUCAAUAUCUGCGACGUAUCAGUGUCGUCUAAUGUUCGAGAGUGGCUGCGUUCGCCAGCUUUUGACGCACGACAGUGGGAAGACGAAGAACUACUGCUGAUGUUGCAGACGAUGUUCAUCGAGCUGGACCUACCUCAAAAGUUUAACAUUCCUUUACCGAUCUUGAGGAACUUCCUCUAUGAAGUUUAUAACAAUUAUAACGAAGUGCCGUUUCACAACUUCAGGCACUGCUUCUGCGUGGCGCAAAUGAUGUACGCCAUAGCGUGGGCGGUGGAUCUACCGUCACGUAUCGGGGAUCUCGAGGUUUUCAUAUUGAUUGUCUCGUGCAUCUGCCACGAUUUGGAUCAUCCGGGAUACAACAACAUCUAUCAAAUUAAUGCUCGCACGGAGUUGGCUUUGCGAUACAACGAUAUUUCGCCUCUGGAGAACCACCAUUGUUCCGUGGCGUUUCGUGUUCUCGAAGCACCCGAGUGCAACAUACUCGCGUCUUUGGACAAUACGACGUAUCGAAUCGUUCGCGAAGGAAUCAUCAGAUGUAUCCUCGCGACGGAUAUGGCCAGGCAUAACGAAAUCCUUGCACAGUUCACCGACAUCAUCCCGGAAUUCGAUUACACCAACAAGGCCCACAUCAAUCUGUUGUCGAUGAUCUUGAUUAAAGUGGCAGAUAUUAGCAACGAGGCUCGGCCAAUGGAAGUCGCAGAACCGUGGCUGGAUAGGUUGCUUCAGGAGUUCUUUAAACAGAGCGACGCAGAGAAGCUCGAAGGACUUCCCGUGACACCAUUUAUGGAUCGUGACAAAAGCCUAAUAGUUCAGCCAGUAAGGGAGGCACUGGAGUACUACCGCAGAUUGAACGAAGCAGCAAAGGACGAGCGUCACCACAGAAAAAGCGUGGCGGAUUUGGGUGAAUCUACACCGACCACAACGACUCCCGGUGGCAAUGGUACGUCGACGGUCGUCAAAUCCACCUCUUCGCACAGUAUGCGCUCGAAACGUUCCGCCGGCACGAUUCACUCGCGAUCACGAUCCACGGACGAAGACAUCACGGAGAAUCUAACCGGUGAGGACGCUGAAAACCUCGAAAGCUCGGAUCCAGAGACAGCCACGGAGGUGGAAGUGAGCGAGAAGGCAUUGAAGUUCAAGAUCUCAACCGAGGGCACGAUAACCGGUCCGCCAACAGGUAGGAAAAGCUACCCGGGUAGUCGGAAGGGUAGUCGCGAGAAAUCUUCGCUAGAUUAUCAUAAUCACGACCUGGCCAGGGCCGUCAGAGAGCACGAAAGAAGACGCAGUAAAGCGGAGAAUCUCGGCAGCGAUCUGAGUUCACCGGUCAGCGCAAGAUCGGCAGAGGGAACGAGAAUCGUGGAGGAGCUGGAGAAGGACGACAAAGACUCGAAAUUGAACGAACGAAAGCUAGUCGAGGGAAAUGGUAACGUGGUGGUGGAAACACAGCCGAGGAAUAACCUGAAAAAGACAAGCAGUCUAACGGAGAACGAUCAGGAGGUCAGGUCUAGUCGCAAAGAGGUUCAAAGAGAAUCGGUCGUGCUCCGUUGUUGCUGCGACGACAAAACCGGCUCCAACAACCACAAAUCCAUCUUCUCCAGACUGAGAAACUUCACGGACCGUCUGAGCAUCAGCUUCGACUCGAAAGAACCGCCCCCGCAAAAGUCAACUAAACACUUGACGAAGACCCUGAACAAGAGUAACUCGGUGAGCAACGCGGCCACAGCCACUUCUUCCAGACACAAUAAUUCCCUGCCCAUUUGCAAGCGAUGCAAUUUGCUGAAAACGUCAGUCAGAGAGGGAAAGGCUAUAGCGACGGUAGUGGAAUUGUCCUCGGUGGACAAGCGGGCUAUGACGCUGCCAAAAGUGAGAAAAUCGACCGAUUGCAAGAACAAAAGCUGGAGAACGGUGUUUGCCAAGGAGAAGAGGUCGUCUACCUCCCUGGAAGCUUUACCGGGUGCCACGUGCGAGACCUCCUUGUCGGAGCACAGACGAAAUUUCUCGAACCCCGAAGGCAAAUCGCAGAGUCUGAAGGAGGUGAAGGAUCAGUCGAGUCUGGACAUCGAGUUCGGUGAGAUCGAAGUGCGAGCGAAGAACCAGAAGCCCGAGAUCAUCGUGAAGGAAACGCGGUCGUCCAGAGAGAGUGUGCAGGGGGACAUAGGCAAGGUGGAGAUCAGAAGAAGCUCGGCGAGCAUGGAGGACAUCUCGAAGAUGACGAAGCAGACGGAGAGCGUGAUGCUGGGUUCGUUGGAGCCAAAGAAAGCAGAGGAACGUGCUCACACGGGCAGUCUCGACUCGAUGCUGUGCAAAGACUCGACGAAAUCUCAGAAGAAGCCGACGUUUUCUUCGCCAGCCACGUCCAAGAAGUCCUCGCCAGGUUUGUUGUCGCGAUUCAAGUCCGGCAUGAGCAUCGACAGCACUAGGAGCAACAGCAACAGCGACUCCCUGCACGAUCAGACCUCUCAAUCACCCAGCGGGUGGAUCUCCUCGUUGACGGCGAGCUUUCGACCGAAGAGACAAGUGUCAGAGACUCCGUUAUCCUCGCAUCCUCCGCGUUCGCCAAGCCGGGAGGAAAUCAAGUGAUACGGCCUAGUGGUCGAGGACUCAUCCGAGAAACAGUUGUCGGGCCUGCACAGGUGGCUGGCUGAGAAUUUCUUGUGUUGCAGCGGUUAAAACGGUUACGGAGGAAAAUGGAGACGGAGCCAAAGAUCGUUUGACGAAGGCUGACAGUAAAGGUGAUCGUUUUCGUGACGUUGGGAAUCCGGGGAAGCUAGUCCGAACAGGGAGGAUGUCGAGUGACGCGUUGCAGGAGCGGUUUUAUGUUCUUUCGGCUGGCUAGACUUCGUCGACGACGUUCUCAGACCAAGAUCGAAAACGUUAUUCGGCUCGAUCUGGCGCGAUACAUGUUCUUCGUAAAGGAAUUUCUGACGAGACUUUCCGGUUGAUCGAGACCACGCGAUCCCUCGAGCAUUACGAGAUCGUGGCAAUCCUCUUUUCAUGUAACAUUUUGUCUGCAAACGACUCGAGGAAAUUUCUUCUUUUUUUUUUAUGAGAAACUCGAGGAAAUUCGAUCGUUUUCCGGGCAGCGAUUGAACGCGAUGGUGCACCGCCAUAUCGAGAAGCUUCCUCUUCGACGAAAAGGGCAAAGAGAGUUCGCACAAAAGUCUGUUCGCGUCGAAGAACCUAGUAGUAUCCGAUGUUAGGAAAAAUUGACAAGGAAAGUCUCUCGAAUAUUUGAAUAAAACUCAAAAUGAUGUCUCAUAGCACGUGCGUGUAGUAUGUCGAUUAGCUGUUUCCAAAUGUAGCCAGAGAAUGUGUGAGUGUAAUUAACGUUCGCAUCGAAGCCAAACUGUCGAACAGGUGGCAAAUACCAAAUAUAUGUAUAUUGCUCCUAAUUAUCGAUCUCCGUUCCGAGAGUAGCGUGAAUGAAAGAGUGAAAGAGAGCCCGUGUGAAAGAGAGAGAGAGAGAGAGUGAAAUGAUAAAAAGAAAAUUGUGAACAAUGCGAUUUUUGCAUGUUGAGACUAAACGUUUCGACGAGUGUCAAGCGAAAGAUACAAAUAGAGAGGAAAGAAAAAAAAAUAGGAAGGUAUAUGAACGAGAAAGAGAAGAGAAAUCAAAUGGACGGCCUGAAAAAAUAGAGGAACAGAAGACACGGUAUAUAGACUAUUUUAUUUAUUGUCCAAUUAAAAGAAUAGCCUAAUGAAUAAUCCUUAAUGUUGUUCGUUAUUAUACAUACAUAUAUAUAUACACACAAAAAAUAUAUAUAUAUAAAUAUAUGCAAGACGCAAAUGUAUACAAAGACGUGAAAGAAAAGUAUGCAACUCCCAUCGAGACGAGAGUAUAACGUAUAUAAAUAAUUAUAAAUAUAUAAUUGAAGGAAGAUCGAAAAAGAUAACGGAAAAAAACUAUAAACGACAGAGAAGCAGGCGCUGAUAGAAAAUUGUACGAAUCUAGACGAACGCGUCGUGUCGAAAGUUCAUUUCUCAUCUAUGAUCUCCCCUGAUGAAAUUAAACAGGAAUACAAAGAACGGAGGUACGGAAGCGAACAAUAUUCGUGUACGCGAACAAAGGGACGAAUAUCGUUUCUGAAACGCGACUCGCACGGAAAAUGAUUUUGUUGAUCUGUCAAAAAUUUAGAUAAAUGUUGAAUAAACUAA